UUGUGGAAAUCAACGAACAUAAUAAUAUUCAAGAAAAUGAAUAUUUACUCCGCUACGCUCGUAAUUUUGUCCUCGCUCGUUUUGACUCUUGCAUCGGUAUCGUGCGAAGGAGUCAAUCCUGUCGUUAUAGUUACGUGGGACUAUCCGGAAGCGACGCAGAAAGCAUGGGACGUGCUGUCCAAGGAGAAGCGAAGUGCCCUCGACGCGGUCGAGGAGGGCUGCGCCCUGUGCGAGCGGAUGCAGUGCCGCGGCACCGUCGGCUACGGGGGCCAGCCCGAUGAGAACGGCGAGACGACUCUGGACGCUCUCAUCAUGGACGGGGAAUCGAUGGACGUCGGCGCUGUCGGUGGUCUGCGCAACGUCAAAGACGCGAUAUCGGUAGCGCGAAAAGUCAUGGAGAACACCAGGCACUCGUUGCUCGGUGGCGAGCUGGCGGCCGAUUUCGCGUGCCAGAUGGGCUUCACCAAGGAGUCGCUCCAGACCGAGAAGUCGAAGAAGAUGUUCGACGACUGGGUGCAGAAUCGCUGCCAGCCGAACUUCUGGGAGGCCAACGUCGAGCCGAAUCCAGCCGAGAGCUGCGGACCGUAUCGUCAGGCGCAGCGGCAGCAGGUCGAGACCAACAUCGAUCGCGCGGAGAGGCAGCUGCCCCAGGGCGGCGAGGACCAGCACGACACGAUCGGUGUGGUGGCCCUGGACACGCGGGGCCGACUUGUGUCGGGCGUCUCGACCAACGGCCAGAAUCACAAGAUAGCCGGACGCAUCGGCGACUCGGCCGUGACCGGAGCCGGUGCUUACGCCGACGGAGAAGUCGGUGCCGCGGCCGCCACCGGCGACGGCGACAUAAUCAUGCGCUUCUUGCCCAGCUAUUUGGCAGUGGAACUGAUGCGUUUGGGCUCUUCGCCGCAAGCCGCCACGGAGACGGCGGUGAGGCGCAUGGGUCGCAAGUAUCCGCGCUUCCGAGGUGCGGUCAUUGCUCUGAACAAGCACGGAGAGUACGGUGCGUCUUGCCAUGGCUAUGAAAAUUUUCCUCACUACGUCUCCAACGUCGACUCGAACGGAGCCAAAGCCAUGUCCACUCCUUGCGUCAAGCUUUCAUGAAAAGUUAUAAAUCUCAAUCCGAUGCGAA